UUGAGUUUUGCUUGAACGACCGUGCCCGAUUCUUUUUUUUUUUGGUGUUUAGAGUGAUGAGAAUCGACAUUAAAAUCACCUGGAAUCGGAAGGGGAGCUCUAACCACUAGAGUUAUCCGUGCCCAACUCUAAUACAGUAUAUGUGGAAGUUUAUGGAAACGAAAAUGAUGGUUUAGUAUGUGGUUGCUUAGUUUAACUCCCUCAGUCCCUCUCCCUCCUGUUGAAUAUUCCUGUUUUCCCUCUAUCAAAUUCUUAACCACAAAAUCAAAUACGAAUAUUUCUCAAUUAUUUUUUAAGCAAAACCCCUUUCAAUCUAUAUUCUUCAGCAGCAUUGACGUUAACAACAAUAAUCUCCGCAAAAUCACAAGCUGCAGUCGUAUCACAAUGUCCGAAUCUCAUUCCAGGGUUUCAGUUUCAGUGGAAAGUGAUGGAAUUGGGUCAAUUGAUCCUAGUUGUACGGAGAUCAUCGUGGUUCGUCAUGGCGAAACUGAUUGGAAUGCUAUUGGCAAAAUGCAGGGUCAGUUGGAUGUUGAAUUGAAUGAGAUUGGGAGGCAGCAAGCGGUUGCAGUUGCUGAGAGACUAUCAAGGGAGCCUAAUAUAUCUGCUAUAUAUUCGUCUGAUCUGAAGAGGGCUCUUGAGACUGCAGAGGCAAUAGCAUCAAGAUGUGGUGGUGGACUUGAGGUUAUUAGAGACAAAGACCUGCGGGAAAGGCAUUUAGGAGAUCUGCAAGGACAUGUUUAUCAAGACUUAGCGAAGCUUAGCACUAAAGCUUAUGAAGCAUUUAAGUCUCAUAGAUCUGAUCAAGAAAUUCCGGGUGGUGGUGAAAGUCGUGAUCAGCUUUAUAAUCGUUGUACGUCUUUGGUUCAGAAAAUUGGUGAAAACCAUAGAGGGCAACGAGUAAUUGUAGUCAGUCAUGGGGGUGCCAUAAGAUCACUGUUUAACCGGGCUGCAGCCAAAGGACAACAUCCAGGGAAAAUAUCUAAUACAUCAGUUGGCAUAAUUCAGCUGUAUGAUGGGGAUUUGUGGUCCAUCAAAUCAUGGAAUGAUGCCAGUCACCUCAAGCAAACAGAAUUUCUCGAAUCAGCUUUUGGUGGGGAUGCUUCUUCAGGCUAGCCAAUAUUUGUGCUCUGAUUUAGACAUGAUGUAGUGCAAGAUUUGCGUAUUAAUUUUCACAUCAUUUGCUUACGACAUGUAGUUUUUUACCCUGGCCAUUUGUGUAACCAAGUAUUCUAACCGGGAAAUUUGAAUUAGGCCUGCUAAAGAGACAAUGCAGCUAUAUUGUAUGUGCUCUGAGUUGGAGACCGUGAACUGUAUAUUGCUGUAAAAACCCUCUUUGAUA